AGGGGUCCGUCUCCAAGCAAGCGUGACUGUCAAAUCUAUAUAUUCUCUCUCUCUCUCUCUCUGCUUAUUUAUUUAUUUAUUAAUUUAAUUAAUUAAUUAAUUUAUUUGUCCAUCUCUCUCUCUAGAUUUCUCAGAAAUUACAGAAGAGGUGUCUGUUUCGGAGAUUCGAUUCAAUCGGCGAUCUUUUUCCACUGCUCCUCGGGAAUCAGACUCUUCUUCUUCCUCUUCCCACAAUAUAAUGUUCCAGAUUUUCAAGGAUAAUUAUUGGAAGUGAUUGAGAGGAAAUAUGGAGGGGGAGACAUUGUCAUCAGGAGGAAUAGGGAAGGGAAUUAGGGAAAUGGAUGGGAAAAUGGUUCAGACAUUUCAGAAGAAUUUUGUUCAAGUUGAGAACAUUUUAGACCAAAACAGACUGCUGAUCAAUGAAAUUAACCAAAAUCACGAGUCCAAAAUGCCUCACAAUCUCACCAGAAACGUAGGUCUAAUUCGCGAGCUGAACAAUAACAUAAGAAGAGUUGUUGAUUUGUACGCUGAUCUCUCCACUUCCUUCACCAAAUCCAUCGACGAUGGAGACUCCGCCGUCAAGCCUGGCCACAAGCGCAACCGCCCUCCGCCCAAUUAGCCAUAUUCUCUAUUCCUCUUCCUCUUCCUCAUUCUUUGCUUAACAACAAUAACUUAAUUCCUACUAUUUUCUUUUUCUUUUUCUUUUUAAUUUCUUUCUGUUGGGGGUAAUAUUGUUGAAGUAAGUAAGGCAGUGUGUGCAGCUACUCUAUUGGUGCUCUCCCAUGAACACAAUACCUCCUUUUUUUGCUCACAGCUUUACUGUUUCAUGAUUUUAUUUUACUUCUUUUGU